AAUUGAAGAAAAACUCGUGUCCUGGAAAGAAGAAGAAGACGUUUUUGUAGAAAUUAAAGCGUCCAAAGUUGUUGAAAACUUUAUCAAAGAACAUCCAUGUGUUGUGUUGGUUGGUCAUCCAGGGUCCGGAAAAUCAGCUAUUAUUCAUCACAUAGCCCUAAAAAUGGGAAAACAAGGAUUUUCUAUCAUUCCUAUUAACCGCCCCGAUGAAAUAACGAGCUAUUACGACCGAAAAAAUCCCCAAGUCUUUGUGAUUGAUGAUCCAUGUGGGGAAUUUAUUGUUGACGAACAAGCUGCUAAUGUUUGGGUGAAGUAUUCGAAAGACAUCCAAACAUGUUUGAAUUUUCAACAAAAGGAAGACCAAGUUAAAUCAAAACUUUUAGUUUCAUGUCGUUUUUUUCUAAGUCUUACUCGGGCAUUUCGUAUGAUAAAGAUUUUCUCCAAUUCCAUAAUCAGUUUAGAAAAUCAUGAAAAUCAGUUAUCUGUGAGUGAGAAAAAACAAAUAUUGUCUGCUCACGUUCAACAUGAAAUAGACUUAUCUCAUUUGGAUUUAAAGAAGAAUUUUGAUUGCUUUCCAUACCUUUGCAAAAUAUAUGGCAAUGCAUUUAUUGACUCAGCAAGCAUGGGAGCCUUUUUUGAAAAUCCUUUCAUUGAGUUGGUUUCUAAGCUUGAUGUUAUGGUAAGGGAUCCAAGAUCAGAAACGAUUCAUGAAUACUGCGCUUUAGUUUGUUGUGCCCUUGCAGAGGAAAAACUGAAUUUAUUGAUAAAUAGUAGAAAAGCUACAGCAGAUGAACAUCUACAAGAAAUUUUCAAUGCUUGUGACACAGAUAUUGAUUCAUCGAAUUUACGAUUAGCACUGGAAAAGCUGAAAGGUAAAUACGUAAAAAAGGUUGGUUGCUCAUUUUCGCUGAUACAUUCUAAACUUUUAGAAGUCAUUGUAUGGCAUUUUGGAAAACGAUGGCCUGAAACAUUGAUACUUCACUCAUCGACGGAAAUAUUUCAAAACAGAUUAAGACCUAUUGGAAGACUACAAGAGGAUUUGGAUGACAAACAAGACCUAUCUCUUUUAGAAUUGGACAACAAAUUUUUAUCACUUUAUGCUAAAAGAAUAGAGAAGGACAUUAAUCAAGGAAAUCUAAGAAAUAUAUUCAAAAAUCCAUGUCUGCCAAAUGAACAAAUUGAAACGUGUUUGUUUGACCUGUUAGGAGAUGGAAAUGUUUUAAAGGAAGCUCUUUUAAAAACGAAUUCUAGUUUAUCAUCAAGUAACACUGAUACAUACGCCUCAUUUUCGAAGGAGAAUUUGUUAGAGAAAACUCGAAUAACGUUUCUUCAUUGUGCAAUUGCAUACAACUGGGCAACGUUUUUGGAAAAACUGUUUGAUGCAGAGAAUGUGGUUUUGUAUGAAACAUUGUUUGCUCAAAGAGCAAGCACACUAUAUUUAGCUAUUCUUAGUGAAAAUUUACACAUUGUGCAAAUGUGUUUGAAGUAUUAUGGUACUGAAAUCUUUAGCAAUAUUAGUGAUUUCGUGGCUUUUGGAAUGGAAUUUGAUACUUACUGCAUAUUUUGUGGCGCAAACCUUACGGAUUCCAGUCAUGACUUACAUUGUCUAGUUACGCUAAUUCCAAUCCCUAUGCUCGUUUGUAUUACUGGGAAGUUAGACAUAUUAGAAUUUCUGAUACAGAUUGCAGUGAUCUCAUCAGCUGAUUUAACUUCAGAAUUUCAAUUUUUUAAUGAGAGAGUUUCACCAUUGGUAGUGGCCAGUCUGUAUGGACACACCGAUAUUGUUCAAUAUCUUCUUCAACAUGGAGCAUCUGUGAACUACCAGGAUCAAGAUGGUAUUACAGCUCUUCAUGAGGCCUGUCAAGAGGGAAAUGAAGAAGUCAUUCGAACUUUACUUUCCUUUGGCGCUGAUGUUAAUCUAAAAGAUAACGAUGGAGAAACACCGAUUUCUCUUGCAUGCAUCAAUGAUUUUACGGCUAUUGUUGAUCAAUUGCUGCGUAAUGGAGCAGAUAUAAAUGUAAGUGACACCCAUGGAUUGACACUAAUACACAAAACUAUUUCUGCAGGACACAUACAAACUGCUCAGUUUCUUAUUGAAAAUGGAUGUGAUAUCAACAUAACUUCUGAGAAUGGUGAAACGUCCUUUUCUCUUGCUUGUUUUCAUGGAAAUUGUUGUAUAUUGAAACUGUUACUAAUGAAGGAAAUAAAGAAGGAACAAAUACAGGAUGGUAUGUUGAAAGCUUGCGUAAAAGGGCAUACAAAUAUUAUUUCCAUACUUACAGAUCACGGAGCAAAGGUGAAUUUUCAAAAUUCCAGAGGUUUUUCAGCUCUCCAUUUUAGCUGUGCACACGCACAUCCCAAUCUUGUUACUGAACUGAUCUCCAAAGGAGCAAUUCCAAAUAUUCAAUCAGAUGAUAAACAAACGCCUCUUCAUUGCGCCUCACAUCAGUUAUGCGAAAAAUGUGUUUCAAUUCUACUCAGGAACAAUGCAACAAUAAAUGCUCUUGAUCACUUAGGAAGAUCAGCUCUUCAUUACGCAUUACAAACAACAGAUUUUGAGGAAUUCUUUUACAAUGAAAUAGACGAAAUUGAAGGUAGAAUAAAGAAUGUUUUUUCCUACGAUCUAUAUUUAGCUAAAGAUAUGCCUAAAACAAAGGUAAAAACUCACACCUUUAAUUUUCCGUUUCUAGUCAAUGUUAAAUCCGAAAAGUUUCUUCAUUCUAAUCAUGAGGUUUCAGAGAAUCUUGAAAAAGUAAUAGAUAUCCUCAUUAAGAAUAAAAUCAAGAUAAAUACAGCUGACAUCAACAAUUGUUCCCCUUUACAUAUGGUUUGUGCAGGAAAUUUUCCAAAAAUAGUCAAAACACUUAUUCAUCAUGGAUCCAGUGUUAAUGCACGCUCCAAAAGAGGUCACACGCCUUUGCAUAUAGCAUGCAUAAGUGGUAAUCUUUUCACAGUAAACCUACUUGUAGAGAAAGGUGCGAACAUCAACGCUAGAGACAUACAAGGUUUCGUCCCUUUUCAUUUAGCUUGCUUUAUGGGACAUACGCAUAUAGUGACAACACUUUUGAAAAGUGGUGAAAAUGUUAAUAUUACAGACAAAACUGGAUUGACACCCUUACAUAUAACUGUAAAAAGUGGCAAUCAAUGUAUGCUUUGUUUCUUAUUAGCCAAUGGCGCAAUUGUGAAUGCAAGAGAUGAUAAUGAUUUGACACCAUUAAUUUUGUGUGGUUGCCAAACUGAUAAGAUUUUUGUUCAGGAAUUAUUAAAAUAUGGGGCAAAUAUUAAUGACGAAACAAGUGAAGGAUUAAAUGCUCUAACAAUGGCAAUUACAAAUGGUAAUUAUAACAUAGCUGACGAACUGCUCGAAAGAGGUGCUUAUUUUCAUCAAAGUAAUUAUAUGUAUUUAUUACGACGUUUAAUAGGAAAAGAAGACAUUGAUCGGUUUUUGGACAAAUAUAAGAAUAUCGUGCUUAAUUUCAGAAAUGAAGAGGGACAGUCACUGCUCCAUCUGGCAGUAAUAAUGGAAAACGUACACUGGGUUGACAGACUACUUGAUCAGUCUGAUUUAUUAGAAGCAAUUGACAAAGAAGGACACAUUGCUUUCUUUUACGCGAUUCACAAUAGGUAUUACAGGAUAACCCAAAUAUUUCAAACAAAAAAAAUGCUUAAAACUGUAAGUUUUGCAGAACUUCAAAAAGCGUGUGAGAAAGGAGAUACUGUUUAUGUAGUGAAAUUAUUACAGUUUUGCGGAGAAUAUGCAUGUUUACAAGAUAAAGAUAGAGAAAGCCCACUGCAAAUAGCUUUUAAUCAUGGCAACCAUGAUACUGUACGAGUGAUACUGAGAAAUGAAGUGUACUGGAGUUCGAAUGCAUGUGACAAAAUAGUUACAGCAGCUUUAAAUCACGCUAAGAUAUUUGAGCUGUAUAACAUUAUUCUAGCGAAACUUCCCGAUGAAUUGUGGAGCUUGCACAUAAGCACGAUACCUUGCCUCUCUCGAGAACGUGAAGAAACGAGUCAACUUAACUGGAUCAGUCAGGCAGAGGAUUUAGAUGCAUGGUGUAGAUCUACAAUUUUCGAUCGAAGCAUCUUUCAGUUGGAAAUUUGGCCACUUCUGUUUUUAAGGAGAGAUAGAAAUCGAAUAUUUGAAAACAUUUGUACAAAACGAGAUAAAAUGCAUGAAUAUCUGAAUUUUCUAUCAGGUUCAGAUAUUCUAGGAAAUACCUUCUUGCAUUAUAUAUGCUUAAUAUCACAUGAGCACUUUAUUUUUGAAGAACUUUUACCUAUAGAAUCCGAUAACCGUUUGGUUCAAGACCUAGUUAAUCGACAAAACCUAGCAGGGUGUACACAACUUCAAGAGCUAUUUAAUCGACAAAACCUAGCAGGGUGUACACCACUUCAUUAUGCAGCUCAUAGUUGUAAGACAAUGACUCAUCUUUUUGCUCUCGGUGUUGACAUUAGAACAAAGGACAAAUCUGGUAAUGAUGCCUAUCAUUAUGCCUAUGGACAUGUUCCUCCAUAUUUGUAA